GGCGUGGUUGCCAUGGCGGCGGUUGCUGCGGCGACGAGGUGGCAGAUGCUUCUGGUGCUGAGCGCCGCGGGGCUGGGGGUCACGGGCGCCCCGCAGCGCCCUAACAUCCUGCUCUUGCUCAUGGACGACAUGAGCCGGAAGGCAAAGAUCGCAGACGCCCGUCUGUAGAGGCCCCACCCAGAGGUGACACAGCUGUGCUUUUCUUUAGUCAUAACUGUUCAGACACGAACGGUUCAACGUGAGCAGGGGCCCCACAGCUCCCGGAGCCCGGCCCGCUGGCCGGUUUCACGUCCAUCGUACACCCUGUGGCCUCUUCUGCCUGGCUUCCCAGCAGCCCAUUUUCAAGAUUCCCUCCUGCCGUCGCGAGUGUGAGCACCCCGCUGGCCUGUAGGGUGCGUGUUAGUUUCCUGAUGGGGUGGGGCGACCUGGGGGUGUAUGGAGAACCUUCCAGAGAGACCCCGAAUCUGGACCGGAUGGCUGCAGAAGGGAUGCUCUUCCCGAACUUCUACACGGCCAGCCCCCUGUGCUCCCCGUCCAGGGCGGCUCUGCUCACCGGCCGUCUGCCCAUCCGCAGCGGCUUCUACACCACCAACGGGCACGCCAGGAACGCCUACACACCGCAGGAGAUGGUGGGCGGCAUCCCAGACGCGGAGAUCCUGCUGCCGGAGCUGCUGAAGGGGGCCGGCUACGCCUGCAAGAUCGUGGGCAAGUGGCACCUGGGCCACAGGCCGCAGUUCCACCCCCUGAAGCACGGAUUCGACGAGUGGUUUGGAUCCCCCAACUGUCACUUUGGACCUUAUGACAACAAGGCCAGGCCCAACAUCCCUGUGUACCGGGACCGGGAGAUGGUCGGCAGAUUUUACGAGGAAUUUCCCAUUAACCUGAAGACGGGAGAAGCCAACCUCACCCAGAUCUACCUACAGGAAGCGCUGGAUUUCAUUCGGAGGCAGCAGGCAGCUCCCCGCCCCUUCUUUCUCUACUGGGCCAUCGACGCUACCCACGCGCCUGUUUAUGCCUCCAGGCCUUUCCUGGGCACCAGCCAGCGAGGGCGGUACGGGGACGCCGUCAGGGAGAUUGACGACAGCGUGGGGAGGGUCCUGCGCCUCCUGCGGGACCUGGGCGUCGCGGAGAACACCUUUGUCUUCUUCACGUCCGACAACGGUGCCGCCCUCGUUUCUGCGCCCAGACAAGGUGGCAGCAACGGGCCCUUUCUGUGCGGGAAGGAGACCACGUUUGAAGGUGGCAUGAGGGAGCCUGCGAUCGCCUGGUGGCCGGGGCGCAUCCCUGCCGGCCAGGUGAGCCACCAGCUGGGCAGCAUCAUGGACCUGUUCACCACCAGCCUGUCCCUCGCGGGCCUGGAGCCACCCAGGGACAGGCCCGUCGACGGCCUGGACCUCCUCCCUGCCAUGCUGCAGGGCCGCCUGACGGACAGGCCCAUAUUCUAUUACCGUGGCAACACGCUGAUGGCGGUCACCCUCGGCCCGUACAAGGCGCACUUCUGGACCUGGACCAAUUCCUGGGAGGAGUUCAGCCAGGGCGUUGAUUUCUGCCCCGGGCAGAACGUCUCGGGGGUCACCACCCACUCGCAGGAGGAGCACACGAAGCUGCCCCUGGUCUUCCACCUGGGGCGAGACCCCGGGGAGAGGUACCCUCUCAGCAUCGCCAGCACCGAGUACCUGGACGCCCUUCGCAGGAUCACCCCGGUGGUCCAGCAGCACCAGGAGACCUUGGUCCCCGGACAGCCCCAGCUCAACGUGUGCAACCAGGCUGUUAUGAACUGGGCGCCCCCGGGCUGCGAAAAGUUAGGGAAGUGCCUGACACCCCCGGAGUCUGUCCCGGAGAAGUGCUCCUGGCCCCACUAGCACCUGCUUGGGCUCAGGCCAGACCGGGGUAGGAAGGCUCUGGCCUCAGGGCUCCUGUGCUGGAAGAGCCCCAACUCCCUCUGCCCUGCCGGCUGUCAGACGGAUGUCACCUGUAGCCAGCAGCGGGACCUGCAAGUCUAUGCCUGCCCGAGCCUGGCGCUGGAGUCACUCCCCGGCCCACCUGGCCUGCCUGACCCUGCCGCCUCGGGCCCACAUCAGCCCCUGAACUGGAGGCUGCCCGCCGCACGUCCUCCCACUCUGCUCCGGCUACCUCCCGGCUCCCUCGUCGAGGGCCCGAGCUCCGUCCCAGGACCCAGAGGCCGUGACUCGCCGUGGUUGGCCAUGAGUUGCCGUGGUUGCCCCCACAGUCCCCUCGGGGACUUCAGCCCCGGUGUCAAGGACAGCCAUGCCAAUCCUGUGUUGCCCCUUGGCGCUGUGCACAGGUGAUACCCCAGUACCCCUCUCCUACGUACCUCCCCCCCCAUGGUGAACAAGAAGGGAGAGGAGGCCAAGGGCCUCCCUGACCAGGCCUCAACAGCCAAGGCCUCCCUAGUCCAGCGGGGACAGCUGAUGCCACCACCUUACUUAGAGAUCCAGACCCCCGACCCCAGCACACUCUGGGGCCUCUCUGUACCUCAGAGGUGCCCUGUCUGCCCUCCCCUCCUUGAGCCCAGGGUGGCAGAAGUGAUGAACCCGUUCACCGGUGAAGUCAGGAGAGCCUGAGCAGGCCUGUGUAGGCCUCCAGGGAGCCCAGCCUGAAGGCCCGUGGGCCAUUUCCACUGCGUGGGGUUUCCAUUCUGCAGACGGUCCCGCCAGCUCUGUACUGUUGUAACACUUGGGAAGUGACUAAGUGAGCAGGUGUAGAAUAAAGUAACAAGCAUUUUA